AUGGUGGCAUCGAAGCUCGCGGAGAAGCGACGCGCUGCUGCUGCUGCUGCUGCUGCUGCAGCUGCAGGCAGCAGCAGCAGCAGCAGCAGCAGCAGCAGCAGCGCGAACCCAGCAGCAGCAGCAGCAGCAGCAGCAGCAGCACGGGGAGACGCAUUUUCCUUAACUGCUUCCUCUUCUUUUGCUGCUAGAACUCGCUGCUUCUGCAGCAGCUGCUCGGGGCAGCGGCUGCAGCGGCCUGCAGCUGGGGACCGCCUGGAGCUCACGUAA